UGAAAGCAAUCCAGAAGCUGCUUUGCUAGGCAUAAGGCUAAGUAAAAGACAUACAGUACUGCUCUACCUGGCUAUCACAAAGCUCUAUCAUGAGCAGUGUAGUCCAGAACCCCUACAUCGGCCGAACGCCAACCACUCGGAUGCCCAAGCCUGGGGGCAGUGGAGGGGUGCCACCUGGGAGUCGAGACAGCAGUGGGAUAUGUCGAAGCAGCAGCAUCAGCAGUGGAAAUGGCUUGUCUGGAGGCAAGAUACUUUCCCUGUCAUCCAUGAGUGAGAGUGUGCACAGUGGACUGAGCUGUUUCUUGUCAGAGCAAGCACUGGAGCAGGAAGAAAAGCAGCAGCGCAGUAGCCAGUUAGCAGAGUUUCAGCGCCUGAAAGAGGUUCGCGCAGCUGCUCAGCUAAAAAAUCUGGAGGAUUUCCUUCGGAUAAACCAUGUUUCACUCAGGGACAGCAUAUCUUAUUCCACUGGCAUGAUUUACAGAAAUCUGGGCAAAUCGGGGCUGCGGGUGUCCUGUCUUGGAUUAGGCACGUGGGUUACCUUUGGAGGCCAGAUAACAAAUGAGGUGGCAGAGGAGCUGAUGACUUUGGCAUAUGAGAAUGGGAUCAAUCUGUUCGACACCGCUGAAGUGUAUAAUGCUGGAAAGGCUGAAGUUGUCCUGGGAAAUAUCAUAAAGAAGAAAGGAUGGAGGCGUUCCAGUUUAGUCAUCACCACCAAAAUCUUCUGGGGCGGAAAAGCAGAAAUGGAAAGAGGAUUGUCUCGAAAACAUAUAAUCGAAGGUCUAAGGGCAUCACUAGAGAGACUUCAGCUGGAGUACGUAGACGUGGUUUUUGCGAAUCGACCAGAUCCUAACACACCUAUAGAAGAGACGGUGAGGGCAAUGACCCAUGUGAUCAACCAGGGGAUGGCCAUGUAUUGGGGGACAUCACGAUGGACCUCCAUGGAGAUCAUGGAGGCGUACUCGGUGGCUCGACAGUUCAACCAGAUCCCACCAAUCUGCGAACAGGCAGAGUACCACAUGUUUCAAAGGGAGAAGGUUGAAGUGCAACUCCCUGAACUGUUCCACAAGAUAGGCAUUGGAGCUAUGACAUGGUCUCCACUGGCCUGUGGGAUCAUCUCAGGGAAGUAUAACAGUGGGAUCCCCUCUUUUUCACGUGCCUCGCUUAAGGGUUAUCAGUGGAUGAAGGACAAGAUCCUGAGUGAGGAGGGGAGCCGUCAGCAGGUGAAGCUAAAAGAGUUGAAGGCAAUUGCUGAGCACCUAGGCUGCACUCUGCCCCAACUGGCUAUUGCAUGGUGCCUGAGGAAUGAGGGGGUGAACUCUGUCCUGCUGGGAGCUUCCAGAACUGACCAGCUGAUGGAGAAUAUCGGAGCAAUACAGGUCCUUCCGAAGUUAUCACUGUCCAUUGUAUCUGAGGUGGAUAACCUCUUGGGAAACAAGCCCUAUAGUAAAAAGGACCUCAGAUCCUAGAAGCACCAGUGAUGAACUGUCAUACUAUCCUGCCUAUAAAUGAGAGACAGCAUGGGCAAUAAAGUAAUUUAUGAGAGUGUAGCAAACAGUAAAUAACAAGAAAAGAAAAUGUGCCAUUACUCAUUUUAUCACAUUAAUGCACUGUCACGUAUUGCCAAUUAAUAAAAUAAACAAUAUGCAAAACUUAUUCUAUUAGUUUGAACAUCAACUUCAAGGAAACAAAAAAAUGAAUGAAGCACUGUUCUAAUAGGCCACUGAAGCACUAAAUAAACUAGCUAAUCGUUGAGUAAGCUUGGUGUACCAAACCAGGCUUCUUCACUGUCUACACAUUGGUGCCUGUAACUUACAAAAUUAAACACAUAUUGCACAAGACCAGUUAACCUACUAAUCACAAAACAUGAUGGCGUAAUGUAUUAGCCCUUUCAGUGUAAUAAACAGGGAUAUACUGGGAUAAAAAUUCAGCCCGGGACUUUGGGAUGGAGUGGCCUUUCAUGAGCGCCUGUGAAGAGCACACAUAUCUGAUGUUGCUAAAGAUCUUAAACUCAGGCCAGAGCUCCGUUGCUGUGCUGUCUGCGGAUGAGAGAGCCAUGCCAGCCUAUCUCAAGGCUAAGGGCCAUACUAUCACCUGUUAUAAUACGUCCAUGACUGUAACUGACAUUUAAAAUUGAAAUAUGACCGCCAGUUCAGCCCUGACCCGACCCUGAUAAUAACAACAGGUUAAACAUUGUUAAUACUGGUAUUUGGAUUCAGUUUUAAUCCUAAUCCUUCUCCAAAAAAUGUUAUUGGUUUUAAUGACAGGCAUUUGAUCAUAGUUGCAUUAAUGUCCUGUUUUAGUCUGUUAAAGUUAGCCUAACUUUACUAAUGCAUGUUUGAUUUUUUUGUUAAGUUGUAAAUUUAUUAAAAUCUUUACUGCAACCUUUGUCAAACA